UUUUUUUCCCUCCACAUCUUUCUCUCUCUUAGCCAGAGCUUGCUUUUCAGUUUUUACUUCAAUAAUAAGAAUCAUCGGAAUUCUCCGAUUCAGUUUCUUCUCCGACGACUCACCGGACCGGAGUUUUCUUCAAGACUUCUCCGAUCUAUUAUUCUCUUACAGUUGAGUCGGUUUAGUGACUUUUUCCAGCUGGCUCGCAUUAAGAAUCCUCCGAUUCAGUUUCUUCUCCGACGCCACACCGGACCGGAGUUUUCUUCAGGACUUCGAUCUAAUAUUCUCUUACAAUUGAGCUGGUUCGCAUUAAGAGUCAUCGGAAUCCUCCGAUUCAGUUUCUCCUCCGACGCCUCACCGGACCGGAGUUUUCUUCAAGACUUCUUCGAUCUAUUAUUCUCUUACAAUUGAGGACUUCUGUAAUGAUGAUGAUUUUCGUAGUGGCAUUCUCAUGGAACAAACGAAAAUCUCUGUUUGAUUCAGUAACAAAAUGAACAUAUUAAUGCAGCAAAUCUUUAUAAUCCUGAUGUAUAGAAUAAAUUGGAAGAAGCUGCUAAUACUUUUUUCCAUAAUCACAACUGCUGGUGUCUUCUUUCAAAUUCAUAUACUUUCUUAUCCACUGAACUUAUGGGUUUACUCACCAGAAGAAAUGAUUUCUUCAAACAAAACUUGGAACCCUAAAGUGCACUUAAAGGAAAUUAACCAGCACAUUGUUCAGUUUGAAAAUAUCGAAAACCUUCAUCUAGCUGCUGUUGUCUCCCACAACUUAUCCAUGAGCUCGAAUCAAUCAGUACCCAUCGUAGAAGACGAAGACAAUGUUACAACACAGAAGGAUAUUCAGCAGAAGGGAAAAGAUUUGGCCAUGGUACCAAAUGAAGAACUGAAUUAUGCAAAACAACAAAUGAAUAACAUCUCAUCUGUCGUUGAUAAUCCAGACCCUGAUCUAUACGCCCCAAUCUUCAGGAAUGUCUCCACUUUCCAGAGGAGUUAUGAGCUAAUGGAAGGCAUACUUAAAGUAUACAUAUACAAAGAUGGAAAGAGACCAAUUUUCCAUCAACCUUAUUUACAAGGAAUUUAUUCAUCUGAAGGAUGGUUUAUGAAGUUAAUGGAAGGAAACAAGCAAUUCGUGACAAAGGAACCAGAAAAGGCUCACUUAUUCUAUCUCCCAUAUAGUGCUCGUCAGUUACAAAUUGCUCUAUAUGUCCCUGACUCACAUAACAUGAAACAACUAUCCAUAUUCCUUCGAGAUUAUGUUAACAGAAUUGCUGCAAAGUACCCCUUUUGGAACAGGACUCACGGAUCCGAUCAUUUCCUCGUCGCUUGUCAUGACUGGGGUCCUUAUACACUUAAAGAGCACGAAGAACUAACAAAGAACACAAUCAAGGCACUAUGCAACGCAGAUUCAUCCGAAGGAAUCUUCAUUCAAGGAAAAGACGUAUCCCUUCCAGAAACCACCAUAAGAAAUCGAAGAAGACCCCUCCGAGGAAUCGGAGGCAAUAAAGUUUCAAAGCGUCCAAUUCUCGCAUUCUUCGCAGGCCACAUGCAUGGGAGAGUUCGGCCAAUCCUUCACGAGUUUUGGCACGAAAAAGACAAAGACAUGAGAAUCUACGGUCUUCUUCCAAAGAAAAAAGCAAUGUCUUACGUAGAACACAUGAAAUCGAGUCGAUACUGUCUUUGUCCUAUGGGAUAUGAAGUGAACAGUCCGAGGAUAGUUGAGGCGAUAUAUUACGAAUGUGUCCCUGUUAUUAUUGCGGACAAUUUUGUCCCUCCGAUGAAUGAAGUGCUGGAAUGGAACGCUUUUUCGGUAAGGGUGGCGGAAAAGGAGAUUCCUAGAUUGAAGGAGAUCUUGAUGGGGAUUCCUAUGAAGAAAUAUGUUGAGAUGAGGAAUAAUGUGAAGAUGGUUCAAAAGCAUUUUCAUUGGAAUGGAAAAGAUGUUGUCAGGUAUGAUUUGUUUCAUAUGAUUCUACAUUCUAUUUGGUAUGCUAGGCUCAAUCAACUUCAAGUAACUAAUGAUUCAUGACAAUUGUUAUUGAAUCAUUUGUUUCAAAGACUCGUCUAGGUCAGGAAUAGAGCACAAGAACUUAUGUUUGAAAGGUUAUGAGUUAGAGUUUUCGUAUUCAUAUCAUUUGGCUAGGUCUUCAAACAUUAGAAAAAACCUGUCUAAAAUGCAAAGAUAGAGUAACACUAGGAGAUUAGCUUAAAACAAUGUAUAGUAUAGAAAACACCAUAUUGUUUUGUUUUAUAUUUGUAUUGAUUGUUGUUAGGUAUGGAUAGUUUAUUGUUUUUUUAAAGAUUCAUGUAGGAUUAUUUAUUUAUUUAUUUGGGUUAAUGUAAUGAUUGGAUUUAUUUUGGGAUUUGACAUUAUUUUAUAGAAUUUGAAAUUAUUUGUAACUUGUAAAAAUAUGUAGAUGCAAAGAAGAGAACUGAAAUUUGUAUUAUUG